AUGUCAAUUGAGGUCUUGAGAGUUUUAAAUCAAUUGUAUCCAAAUAUCAAAGAGUUUGUUCCUGAAGUCACACCUAAAUCAAAGAAUUUUGUUCCUGAAGACACACCAGUCCUUGAAACAGUACCUGAAGUUGAAGAACUUGUUAUGCCUGAACAAUUCCAAAAUCAAUCAAAUUUACAUCAAAGAGAAAAUAUACUUGGAAAAGGGAGAGUCGAACAUCGUAGAGCCCUUCAUGGUAAUAUCCAAGGAAUAAGAAAACCUUCCUUAAGAAAGCUUGCUCAUAGGGGAGGAGUCGAGUAUGUUCGUGGUAUAUUAAAGGAAUUUCUUGAAGAUAUAGUUGGAUCUGCAGUCACUUAUAUGGAACAAGCAAGACAUAAAACAGUCACAUGCAUGGAUGUUACAUAUGCACUAAAAAGAAAAGGCAAACUUCAUUAUGGAUUUGGUGUAUAA